CCGAACAGGAAUAGUUAUUAUCAGUCAUUAAUCACAAUUCAACCGCGCUUAAGGAUUGAAAGGAAUCCCAAGCAUACGAUAGUCUUAAUGUGGAAUUCACAACGCUUCAUCUUUUAGUCUUGAUGGUGACUCAAGGCAGGGUGUAUAAAAGUGGAAGACAUGAGCUUCUAGAGAAGCUUCUUUCUAAGUUGAAUCCAAUCCUUUGCACUCGCAGCCUCUCAAAUAAGCGCUCAUUCUUGUAAAUUAUAAAUUUCCUCUAUCUACCGAUACAUACCGAUCAUGCAUUCAACGGCAAUCUUUCUAUUACUCAACUUCAUUCCCUCCCUCUCCGCCCGUGCCACGUUGCCUCGUAGGGGACAGGCAAACCUUAUCCCGAUCACAGCUAAGAAAUCCCCCGAGGGGAAUUUCUUCGAUGUGAAAGUUACACUCGGCGACACCACAUUGAAACUGUUGGCCGACACUGGUAGCAGCGAUCUGUGGGUAGCACGCACCGGGUUCCAAUGUUUUGACCGGAUGAACAACACACAGCUCGCACCUCCCGAGGUAUGCAUGUACGAGGACGUCCCAAAGUACGAUCCAUUGGCAUCUUCGACCUUCUCGAAACUCGACAACCUGACAUUUGGCGCUUCUUACGGCGCAGGUAUCGCGCUAGGCAUCGUCGGCACUGAAGAAGUGAAGAUCGCCGACUUCAGUGUACACAGUCAGACGAUCGGUGUCGCUGAUCGGAUUACUAUCCCCGGUGAUGGGGCGUCGAGCGGCAUCCUUGGACUUGGGUAUCCUAUUUUGACUUCUGCACAUCCGGGGAAUAGUGUGGCUAACGAUACGCUGUCGCUCCUCACGAACAAAGUACUCUAUAAGCCACUGCUCUUUCAUAUGCAUGCGCAAGGCCUUAUCCCGUCCUGGUUUAGCCUCAAGCUUGACAGACUUCGAAAAGGCCAGUCAGUUGGGAAGGGAGGGACCCUUGGCCUUGGUGUAUUACCCGAUGUAAAGACCAAUGGAUCAUUCGUUACUGUACCCGUGGAGGUCACAGACGCGCUACCAGUCGAGUUGACCGGUGGCAAGAUCAGCGAGUGGACAUUGACCGUAGAUGGCGCCGUCUGGAGCGCCGGGGAUUUAUCAGGGGCUGCUGAGACCAACAGUACCCAUUUCCAAGCUGUGGUUGAUAGUGGGAAUUUCUUUAAUCAGCUUCCACGCGAGAUCGCCGACCAGAUCAAUGCGGAGUUCACGCCCCCUGCCUCGUACGAUCCUGCCACAGACAGCUAUCCUGUCAGCUGCGAUGCGAUUCCGCCUUCAUUCGGCAUCGUCAUUGCUGGAACGACGUUCUCCCAGCACCCCCAAGAUAUGAUAUUUCAGCUUCCCAAUGGCACGUGCCUGUCAACUAUCAAGCGGUCGGGAAUGGCAGAAGGGAUCGCGCUCAACUUUCUCGGAGCCUCCUGGCUUCAGAAUAUUGUUGCUAUGUUCGAUUUUGGCAAGAACGAGAUGCAUUUUGCGCGGAGGGCAGAUGAUGGCGCUCGCUGCCGACUGUCGUGAUCUUUUUGGCUGGCUAACUUCAGGUUCCUUGUAUUGGACUACAAGUUCUUUGGUAUGCCUAGUAUUAGGAUUUUGUAAAUUGAUUGACUUCGCUUCUCUCUUGAAAGAUCCCUUUCCUAUGUUAGAUGG